AAGCUAUUUCUGCAUUGCCUUGUUUGUAGGUCUGUCUGCGUGACGAAGUCAUCAUACACGCCGGAGUGCUUUUGACGCAAACUUUGCAACGUGACGCUAGUCUCGAAUGACGCCUUUUUUUCGCAAAGAGAAGAAGAGUAAUGUAAGGUACAUUCUGCAUGCAGCGAAUAUAGUUAUUUAAGGUCAGUACAGUCACUGACAUGAACUUCAACUGGCUUAACAGCUCAAGACUCCAUGACGUGAGCAUCGCGAUCAUAGGUACGUAUCCAACAGGCCCUCCACCAAUCUCUGACUGUUUUCUUAUGAAGGAUCCCACAGGCCCUCCACUUCUGAAAAGCGAGUAUUGCCUCAAGCCUUCUUCCACGCCUCCCUUGGAUCUGAUACCAGAGUUCCUCCAACGCUUCCAUAUAACCAACUUGGCUUGUGCCAUCGCGGAGCUGCUUUGCCGUGUCCUCCUCGUUUACAAUAGCUACUGCAUGAUAUUUUGGUUUGCCUUUGCACAAGAAGAUCUCGAGUUCAUCGAUUGGCUCAUCAUUAAGAAGAGCCAGCUAACCUGUCAAAGAGUUCAAGCGAUGCAUGGAAAUCUUCGAUUGUUUACGUAUGAUCACAUCUUGGAAAUUCUUUAUCUGCGUGAUGUUCCGCGUAGGCGGAUCUGGAGACAGCAUGUUGUCUUCGCUGUGGGAUAUGGUAUUAAACAAUGUCAGCUUUCUCGGAUGACAAUGUGGCCUUUUAGAUUAUCUUCAGCCUGCUCAGAAGUCUUCUUUGUUGGUUAUGAGGCUCGGUUUGUAGCUUACCUUUGCGAUUGCCCCAACUUACAGCAAACUCAAACCUGGCAAUGAUCUGACACAGUUCAAAGAAGCAUACAGCGUAUACUUUUUCAAAUGUCAUGAUGAAUACGAACAACGAGGUCAAGGCGCACGUGGUCAGCCAAUUUGACCUUGGAAACUCCAGAAGCAAAGAUUUUGUGAGAGAAAUUGCUAAGGAAAGAAUGGGCCUUGUGUUAAGUCUGCAAGACGACCGCGCUUGUGACUAUCCUGCCUACGACCAAAUCAAUGCCUGUCCAC